GCAACUUCCCCAAUUUUGCAGCAUAUUUUCUUGAAACAAGAAGUAUGUUUCAAUAAGUGGUUCCAUUAAGGUCGGAAUGGAUCUUCGCACAUUCAUUUGCUUGGUAUCAGUGAUUCUGGUGGCAGAUUCUUCCGAACCACCAAAGAUCUCCUUUGAAAUGAGCAGCAGUCCGCAGUCUGCCAAAGAAGGGUCCUGCAUUACGCUGACCGUAAGGGUGAACGGCAUCAUUUCUCUCACAGAUGGUGAUUGGUUCUGGAUAAAAGACCCGCUCUGGAAAAACAAGGACUUUGAAGGCCCCGUCAUUUUCAGCGCCGACUCACACCGGCGGCCCGUCCACCCAGACUUUGCGAGUCGAGUGAAACCCGCGGAUGACAAACGUUCAAGUAGGAGUCGAAAUGAUAUAUUGAUCUGCGACCUGAAAAAAAGUGACAGCGGAAACUACACAUUCCGAUACAUCCUGGGAGACUUUAAAUGGAUCGCAACACCUGCUGUUGUUGUUGUUGUGGACGACAAUCCCUGCCCGAUCACUUUUGAGAACCCAUUCCCUGUGACGGAAGCAAGCCGAGUCACACUGACAUGCUCCACUCCCACCUCAUGCUCCUCUCAACCAGAAAUUUGGGAUUUUGAUUGGCCUCGGCCAAUCGCGUCCCAGGAGCAAAACGGGAAGACAACCACGGUCAGCUUUGAGGUUGACCGGAACUAUGACAGCAGGAAGUUUUCAUGCCAAACGAAGAACAACUCGGACCACUACUUGAUUAAAAACAUCACUUUAGAUGUAGAAUAUGCCCCGAGAAGCACCAAAGCCAAGGUGUCCAAGUCCCGUGUCAAAGAAGGAGACCAGGUCACUCUCAGCUGCACCAGCUUUGGAAAACCCACUCCCACCUUUACUUGGUCUAGAAAUCAACAAGCUCUGUCCACGGAACCCACCUUGGUCUUCGGUUCCAUCACAGGUGAAAAGAGCGGGAACUACACGUGCUUGGCGAGAAACGUGCACGGAAAUGACUCUUCAAGCAUCGCCAUUGAUGUUCAAUAUGUCCCGACCGUUGAGAUCCAUCCGGCUCCGACUACAUUCAGGCAGGGAGAAAAAAUGGAGCUGACAUGUUUUGUGAAGAGAAGCAAUCCGUCCCCCACAAGCUACAGUGUGUUCAAAGACGGUAAACGGGUUUGGCAGGGGUCGACGUACGUGGUGGAGUCGGUGCAACCUGAGCAUGCAGGGUCGUAUGUGUGCAAGGCCCGAAACAACGCGGGGACGGGAGCGUCAGUGUCGCAUCAAUUUCAAGUUGAAUACCGUCCGAGGAAGACGACUGUUUUGAAUUUUACUUCUACCAGUGUCAAAAUCGGCACGGACCUGACAUUGGAAUGCAAAACAGACGCGAACCCUUCGGCGACAACGUAUUCCUGGUCGCUGCAGAAGAAAAGUCAACACGUGCCUUUGAUGCACGCUGGAAACCUCCUGAAGCUGAGAAGUGUGCAGCGUCGUGAUGCGGCUUGUUACAUCUGCAAAGCCACCAACACCAUCGGCACCGGAGAGAACAGCAAACCUGUGUGCAUCCAAGUUCUAUACCCUCCAAGCAAACCCACGCUGUCCAUGGUUGCUGUAGUCCGUGAAGGACAGCUGCUCUCAAUCAAUUGCUCCGUGGAAAGCUUCCCGUCAUCCGACUUAAAACUGUACGGAACGCCUCGUUGGUCGCCUGUACACAGCACUCGAGACAACAAGCUGUUCGUCCAAUUCAACGUGACGUCAUCCCACGCCGGUGACUACACUUGUGAGGCCAAAAACUCCGAAGGAACCUCGAUCACACAGCGAGCUUUGGAAGUUGCAUAUGCUCCCAAAGAUGUGACAGUCCAUGUGACAGGACCAUACGGUCCUCUACCGGACCGUACGGUCAAUGAAAACCUGAGAUUGAAUCUACAGUGCAGAACCACGUCCCACCCGGCCGUCACCUCUGUGACCUGGUGGAGGGUGAUUGAUGGGAAGGUUGAAGCCUUGGCGAAGACGGAGACAGUCACCAUAAAGUCCGUCACGCCCUCUGACAGCGGACUGUACUACUGCUCGGCCACCAAUGACAUUGGGACGGGAAGUUCGCCUCAAGUUCAAGUCAGGGUCAAGUACGCUCCAAAGGACACACGGAUAACCCAAGCGGCGGAACAGCAGCUCUCAGACGGGAUGAGUUCUGUGACACUGAGCUGCAGCAGUCACAGUUUCCCACCAAUCAGACAAUAUUUCUGGUACAAGAAGACGGAGGACAGCGACGGAGCCGACAAAGAAGUGUCCGACUCUCAGAACUUCACGGUGUUGUCGGACCAGCCGGGCAUCUACUACUGCGUGGCCCAAAACGACAUUGAUGAAAGGAAGUCGGAAGAUGUGAGGGUGUUUCUUGACAGGAGCUUGAUGAGGGCCCUGAUGUUCCUUAUCCCUCUUCUUUGUAUCGUCUUGAUUCUGGUUUUCAUCUUCUUUAUCUUCAGGUAAGAAAGUCAUCUCUUUUAACUCUGAAAAAUAC